AUGCGGGAAGUAAUGAACGUUGUUGAAGAAAGUAGUUCAAAGAGUAUGGAAGUCGAUCAGAAUGAUGAUGAGGAAGGUGUGAUCGGCUGUUUGCCCUCUCAUCUAUCGCCGUACCAUCGCGCUGAAUUGGAAGCAAUCAUUCAGAGGGUCGGCUCCGGGAGCCAUGAAGAGCAUGAGAAAUUACAUGAAAGGUUCAAGCAGUUGCUCGAAGUUUAUGCGGAACAACCGAGACUUUUGGACCCCCUCAUCCCUCCUACUGUUGAACAUUUGACGAGCCUGGUGGAUUUGCAAUCAUCGCCCGAGGAUGGACGAGGAUUGAGUCGAACGUCGGGCUUCGCACUUGUGCUUCUCAACACGCUCAUCAAAAUCCGAGGCUACAAAUUCGUCUUGAAGUUUUUCCCGCAUCAGAUCACUUAUCUAAUUCUUCUCAUCAAUGCGCUGGAGGCCUAUAACCGGGCAGACUUGGCCGGUCGGGUGCCAUUCCAUCUUCUCGAACGGACUUCCCUGAUUUAUUGGCUUUCGAUGGUCUGCAAGAACCCCUUUGAUUUCAGCCGGCUUGAUGCGCCUGACGCAAUCGGUACAACGCUUUCAAGGAUAUUGAACGUUGCUUCGCCGUUUCUGACAUCGACUACCGCGUUUAUUCAAUUUGCUGCUGCGAGGCUCAUUGCAGACUGCUUGGCUCGUCAAGAGGCUUCACAUCUUUGCCAAUCGGUCGUCGACGAAUCCGUGCAAUAUCUCCUAACUGAAAAGACGGAUCGAGUACUUGGACGUCUCGUCUUACUACUGGCCAUGUUGAAACACACACCUCGUCAAAUAAUGCUGCCAUUUACACAUCAAAUUUCGACGGUGGUCGAGCCACUCUCCGUCAAUCUGAAGCAGAAUACAUUGGUCCGAAAAUGUGUAUGCAAGUUGAUCCAAAGAUUGUCCCUGAAUAUCCUGCCCCCAAUAUUGGCCCUUUGGCGGUAUCAGAGGGGGAAACGACGAUUGCAAGACAACUUUGCUGGUCCGGUGGUCGAUUCUGCGAAACCUGAAACGAGGCUCGAUGAAGAACCACAUGGCGAAAUAGCUCCCGAUCCGAUUGUUGAAUGGUCGUUGGGUCUUCUUCUCCCAAACCUGAACGAUAAUGAUACAACGGUUCGAUGGUCAGCUGCGAAAGGCAUUGCCCGCAUUUCGGAACGCCUACACAAGGAACUUGCCUCUCAAAUCGUCUCUUCCAUCCUGGCCUCAAAUUUUACGGACAAUGCAGGAUAUGGAUCCUGGCAUGGCGGAUGUCUCGCAUUGGCCGAGUUAUCAAGGCGAGGGCUACUGUUGCCCGAACUGCUACCCGUCGCCUUUGAAGUGGUGCUGCGCGCGCUCUUCUACGAGGAGCGAAUGGGUCGUUUUGCUUGGGGCUCCUGUGUCCGUGACGCGGCAUGCUUUGUCAUCUGGGCUUGGGCCCGUGCGUUUGCCCCGGAAAAACUUGAGGGGUUCACACAAAGAGUGGCUGAGAAACUGAUAUGCUGCGCGCUUUUUGAUCGGGAAAUUUCGGUUCGGCGUGCGGCGUCGGCCGCUUUCCAGGAGACUGUCGGCCGUAUUGGUGGAAUCACUAGCGGAAUUGCCCUGCUUUCGAUGGUUGACUAUUUUGCCGUUGGAAACAGGAAUCGAUGCUUUUCAUCUUUGUGCGUAGAAGUAGCUGAGCACGCAGAAUAUCGUCCAGUGAUCGUCCACCAUUUGAUCGAAUUGAAAGUAACACAUUGGGAUGAAACGAUGAGAAUAAUGGCAGGUAUCGCCCUCCAAGCGCUUUCAACCAGAUUCCCGUCCGAUGUUUGGGGCCCUAUCCAAGAAUCAAUCUUGCCUCGACUCACCGAGAAUGGCCCGGUUGUCCUUCAUGGCUCACUCCUCGCCGUUUCACAUACGGUGAAGGGUAUCUGUGAAGUUACUGCCCAACUAGUUUCGCCUCAAAAUGCGAAAGUCCUGAACUCGGUCCCUUCCGUCGUCCUACCGAAAAUGUCGUCCCUCAAGGGAAUUGGUGGCGAAAUGGUGAAGAAAGCGCUUGCUCAAUAUGUUUCGCUGGCAUCAUCGUCGAUCCAAAUUGACGACGAGUUUUUCGCUGAUUGGUUGACCGUCGUCGAUACAUGUUGUGGUGACGAAAAUCCGGCUAUCCGUGAAGCUGGCGGUAUAAACAUGGCGGCAAGAGAAUGGGAACGCGGCGGUGCCUGUGCUAUCCUCGAAUCGCUUCCAAAUCAGUUACAACUGGAGAAAGGCCUCGUUGACCGACUAUGCCAAAUUAUUAAAGAAACAACUCCCGUGGAUCUGAAGUGGGCAUUUGCCAGAUCGGCAGCUAUCAAGGCUGUCUCAAAACUUUGCUCUAAUGGCAGGACUUUUGUCGAUUGUUCGCUACAAUCAAUACGUCCGGCACUGUUCGACUCCUUGCUUGGAGCAUUAGACGAUUACACCGAAGAUGAGCGCGGCGAUAUCGGGCGAUUCGUUCGCACCUCGGCCAUGGAAGCCGUUAAGAACUUGGUGCUAGAAAGCCCUGGCGAAUAUUCGAAUGUGCUCGUGGAGCAAUUGAUCUGCCACCUACUUCAACAAGCCGCUGAACGAAUUGGGCGCGUCCGCGAGGUGGCUGCCGGUUGCAUCAAAAAUAUCCUUGACGGCGGUGACUUUAACAUGGCGCACUCUCAAUUGCUCAACGAAAUAUUCGCAGAACCAGCAUUGUUUAUCCAUGACAGUCAACUGUACCGGCUUCGACCUCUACUCUCGCUAGAGCCAUACUCGCAAUGGGUCCUAAAGGGAUUGAUGAUAGCCGCUGGCGGAAUAUCUGAUGUCACCUCUCAAUUCGCGCUACAAGCUAUUCACGAAUACUUGAAUGCCGCCAAUGAAGAAGAGAUCGACGGCGCCCUGUCGUUGAUUGCCAGGCUUCUCAGACCACCCAGAGCAGCUCGGAUGUUCGUACCCUUGCUGCGUGUUGUUCAAACGGUCCUCCCACGGAUCCCGAGUGUUCUGGAGAAACCAGAUAGCUCGCGGCCGAUCCAAGACAUCAUAUUGACUUGUAAGAAGGUACUUGCCAACUCAAAGCUGUCGCCGGCUCGUGCACGGUUGUGUCUAAAUGCCGUCUCUCCACUCCUACUUUGCCCACCGAACAGUGUCGUCUGGAAAAAUGCAGCUGCUACGGUGGUCUCUGGGCUGUUCUCCGCAUUCCCUGCUGUCCGACGGGCCGCUGCAGAAGCGCUUAUCGAGACAUUGUGCACGUUGGAAGCCGUUGAUGAUAAUUUAAUUUGUCUCCUCGCCGAUACGCAAUGGCAGGAUGCGAAGCCAGCAAGCAAGGGCCAAGAUCCCGAAUGGGAACAAGCUGCCCGAGAAGUACAACACAUUCUGAUUGAGAUGGACGACGAUGACGAUUAUGAGGGUUCGUUGGACGAUUCUCAGGGCCCAUCGGGACGCGGUGACGAUGAGGCCAAAAAGCACGCCAGGGCCCAACAUAACGCGCUUGAACGACGGCGGCGCGAUAAUAUAAAAGCUAUGUAUGGGUCGCUGGAGGCAAAAGUCUCAAAGGACGGCGAAAAAUUGUCGCGAGCGGCCAUUUUAAAAAGAUCGAUCGAUUCUGUAGCCUCGAAGACGCAACAGCUCGAGCAAAAGAAGGCUUUGAUCAAGGGGCUAACAGAAAGCAUAGCAAGUAUGGAAGCGCAGAGUUACGCGGUAAAAAUGCCUGAUGUACCGCCAUUAAAUGAUGUGUUGGACGGUAUUCACACGAUUUUGGUCAGCGAAUCUUCUGGAAAAAUGCUGAUAAAGAAGAUCCUAAAGGAAUAUUACGAUUCGUAUGGCUUGGAUAUAAGCCCGAACAUGUAUAACGCGGGCUCAAUAGAACAAUUACUACGGAAGAAGCCCGAUUUGUUCGCCAUUGAGGGUCAAUAUGUUCGGGUUGUCUCAAUUAGCAAUGAACUCGCCAACCAACGUGCCGAAAUCCAGCUUCAACAAAGCAAGAAAUCGCGAGGGGGAGGAGGAGGAGGAGGAGGAGGAGGAUUCCGCGGAAGAGGUGGAUUCUCGCAAAACGCCGGAAGAGGACGCGGACAACCUGGUGCCUAUGGUGCCGCGUUUAGAAGCGCGGCUCCGCCGCCCAGCAAUAACAGUUCGAAUGGAUUCCGGAGACCGCCCUCGCCCCCUCGCAACGGCUACCAAGAAGCUCCUCAAUACAACGAGCCACGCUACCAAGACCGGAUAAACGGACGGGACAGAGAAUUUGAUAGACAGCCGCCAGAGUCUCGGAGAGUUGACGACUAUCCCCCUGACGAAUACGAAGAGCGGGGCCCACGUGGUUAUAAUUAUGACGAUCGCGGUGGACCGAAUUAUAACGAGGGUUUUUCGAGGGGUGAUCCACCUAGAUUCAACGAUUAUCACGAUAUCCCACCGGUCACCAGGACACAAGUGAUGCGGGGACUUGCCGAUUACGUUCACCGCGAGGGAGGUGCUGUCCCGCUAAACCACCUUGUCGACGGAUUUAGGAGGUUCGAUAAUGGACUACACCGGGUAAUCUUUGGGAAUAUAGAAAUAAACACGGUGAAAUUCGACUACGAGCCGAUCAUUGUGUUCGUUGAAGAGAACAAUGUGAAGCUCGACCCAGGAAGCAGGAUGAGAAUCUUUCACUCGCACCUCGUCUUCAUUGAGCACAUUCCCCACCACCUCCACAUUGAAAAUGAUGAUUGGUGGCGGCUCUGGAUUGAUAUUUAUGAAUACCUCUCGGAGAACGGAGGAAAGGAAAGCUGGAAGGCAAUCACCCGUGAUUUCGGAUUUGCGGAGAGUUCGCUGCGCCUAUGGACAAGAAACAUCAUCAAGCUACAAUUUGAUCCAGAUCUGGAAGACAAGGGUCUCCGGCGCUCCUUCCAAUUCGCAAGUCACGGAGAGGGGAAGUUAGAGAUCAAGCAUGAGCACCCAACCGACCCGGGUAUUCGUGAUGAAACGCAUCGAUACCUUUGCGAUUACUUCCCCGCCGAGCUACGGGCUCCGCGCUUUCGGCCACCAUCAGUCCAUGGUUCUUCGCGAUCAGUGGAAGGUCUGCGGGAGACGCCGCCACCCGCGUCUAACGUGUCUUAUGGAUUUCCCCCGCUGGGCCAGUUCGACUUCACCCACCCAAUCCUGCGCGUGCCCGAAGCUGACUAUCCCAUGUAUGCUGAUCGACAGAUACAUUUGGAUCUGAGCCCUCCAUUCAACUUCUCCAAUUUCACCAUCACUUUGUACCUGACGGAUAGCAAGCAACGGGAGGGCUUGUCAGCGAAACUCAAGGCAUGCUGGAAACCCCCCACGCCAGCAAUAAUGGAGAACCUUCGCGAUAAAGAUGCCUGUAUUCUCCGGGAAACCGACGCCUAUUAUCGCGUCUAUCUUCAAGAGAUCCGCGGCAGGAAUCAGACAAUGGUCAAAGUUCAUCUGGUGGAUUACGGAUAUGACAAGGAGGUGCGGGUUGAUCGUUUGAGCCCGUUGCCAAAAGAGCUGACCACUUUUCCGGCCACCUGUUUUCCCUGCACCAUUUGGCCGUUCGACGUGCUGGACGAGGAUUCUGCGGAGUAUUACCAGCAGCACAUUACGACCACCCAAGCGGCGGCGCCUUUUUCAUUCAAAUUGACCGAGAUCUUAGGCCAUAUGCCGGAUGGUCGGCUCAUCGUCAAGGUCCGGCUCGGCGACAGAUUGGGCGAUCUGCGACAAUAUCUGAUCAGCUACGGUGUCAUCCGCGGGAAGAAAUGGGGCGAA